AUGGCUUUUCAGCAACCUGCACGGCAGCCCGCUCAGCGGGUGGUCCGCCCAUCCGUCGCUGUCGAGCCCACCCAGCAGCCGCCUGCCGCCCUCCAGGAGAGAGCACUGGACCAGUCGCAGACAUCAUGGGUGCUCUUCUCCCCUCCGACAGACGUCACCACCGCCUCAUAUCUUAGCGAAACUGACCACUCGGUCGAUACGCCUGGCCGCUCGCGGGCCAGCGGCCUGGGAAGCGUCCACACGGCCGCGAGAUCCUCCCCCACCGACGACUUUCGACUAUCGCUCGCCUCCUCUGCCAUCGACGACAUAUCCGUUGACGAUGAUGCGGAACUCGACAGCCUUGAUAGCCACUUGCCUGAAUUCCGCUCUCAACCUGGGGACCAUGCCGCCUCUCACAGAAACACCAUGCACGGCGCCGUGCCUGUCUUCCCCGCCCACGACGGUCUGGGCUCAUUUCGUCUCGACAGACCCACGCUGGGCCGGGAUGCGCAGGAGCAAAUCUACCAGUUUGAGCGCUUCAACCCCAAGAGAUUACGAGUUGACACUGCCGACGAUACCUACAUGGAAACAGGUGCCGCAGGUGAGGUGCAGGAGUCGGCGAAGCGGGAGCGAAUCGAGGCCUGGCGCCUGGAGCAUAGCCGCGUGCUUCUCGACGAGGUGCAGCGCGAGACCAGACGCCGCCGCAAGUCGCUUGUAUCGAUGCAUCGCCGCCAUCAGUCCCAAUCAGCUGACGAUAACAUGACCUGGCACGAUGAAGAUGAUGCCACCGCCACUGAGGCGUCUGGCGAAGACCGAGGCUUCCUGGCCCGCAUCACCCGCACCGUGGUCAAGGAUAUCUUUGGCAUCGACGAGAAGCUGUUGGACAUCCUACUCGGCGAGGCAGUCGUUGACGAAGACGACUUGUCCAACACGCCACGCGCCUCACAGCUCAACACGCCGCCGCCGUUGACGUCACUCGACGAAGAGUCUUGGCAGCUGCGGAUUCUCGAGUCUGUGUCGCGCGAAUUGGGACGGCUCGUUAACCACCUCUCGCCGCACCACCCUGGCGCCUUUUCGACCUACUCGCGCAUGCAGCAGAUGCCGCUUCCCUACGCCGGCCUGCCCGCGAUUCCCGAGGCCGCUGACCAAGCCAGCGUCGAUCACCCCAGCGCGGCACCCUCUGCGCCCGAAUUCAAGCCCACACUGGACCGCCACUCGCAGCCCAUUCCGAUCCCCGGCAAGACCAAGGACGAGUCCGAGGACAGCGGCCUUUUCACCAAGGACGAGUGGGAGCGGGAUCUGGAUAUUAAGCUCGUCUUUCGCUACCUCAUCUCUCGCUUCACAUCGCGCAAUAACACGCCCAGCAACGCGCCGGCACACAUGGCGACGACUAGCAUGCAGGAUGCGGCGGCACGCGUGGCCCGUGUGCGCCAGCAUCAUCCUCUGAUUGCGCGCGCACGGCCGAUGGAGCGGCGGCCGUUCAGGGCCGUUACGCCGAGCAGCCCGAUUGCGGCGCGGCCGCGCAGUAGCUGCGCCAGCCAGAGCACCCGCCGGUCAGCCCGACGCAGCAGCACGUCGUCGCGGCAUUACUGGGAUAUCGGCGGUUCUCUCGGCACUGGCUCCAUGAUUGGACCGCAAGGUCCCGUGGGUAGCUGGGGAGAGGUCUGA